UAUAAAUGAGUAACAAAGAUGUAUAAGUGUCGAUUCAUUACGGUCGCUGCUUCGAGCGAGUCCUUUAAUUGAUCAAUAAAAGCAUUACUUCAUUACUUAGAGAAAGAUAGAAAUAAAUUUUCCUUUUAUAAAAUAAGUACUAGGCUUACGAAGAAUAAGUCCAAAGUUUACUUUCAACCGUUUAUCUGUGUGUCUGCCUCUCCGACCGUCUCUGUGUAUGUCUGCCCGACCGUCUAUCUGUGUUGUGUAGGUGUGUGCAUGUGUCUGUCUCUCCGACUGUCUACGUGUGUGCCCAUUCGUGUGUCUGUCUGUCUACCAGUUCGACUAUUUGUGUGCGUGUAAGUGGCUGUCUGUACAUCCCCUGUGUAUGUGUUUGUAUGACUGUUUAUUCGAGUGUCUGUCUGUAUAUAUGCAUGUGCGUGUGUAUGUAUGUGAGAGAAUGUGUGAGUUUGACUGUUCGUCUCUCUUCCUCUAUCGCAAAUCAGAGGCAUUGUCAGCAGCAGCAGCAAAUAAGGAAGUAAAUUAAAACUUUUUUCCAUGAAAUUCCAAACGCCACAAUAAAUCAGCUUAGCGAAAAUAACAUUAUAUUUAAAAUGGCGUUUCUGACACUGAUAACGAAAAGUCGUCCCAUUUUCUUUUGCUCCACCCCUCUAGGUAUAAUUUCCAAGAAUUAUUUGCUCUUUGAAAGAAAUCUACCCGCGUCCACUUCUUCGCACUCCAUAUAGAGUUGUGUAGUGACGUCAUAUUGGCGCCAAAAGGCAUAGUCGCCAUUGCUGAAUCCUUAACCACGCAUGCGUGGGUUUCAACAUCUAAGCGUUCCCACUAUUAGUCUGCCUCUUUACCAAGCCUGACAGCGACCAAGCUCCCCCAUUUGAGUGUGACUGAACCAAGUUGUCUCUACAACGACACCAGCUCGAGGAACCGUACAUCUACAUUUCAGGCUACUCUAAAACCGGACAAUUGGAAGCUGUUUUAUUUUCCACCAUACAAUAAAUAUUUGUUGUUGUUGAUCAGUUUGGAGUUUCUGCGUUCAGUUCACUUCUAAUUUAAUAUAGGAAAGUUAGGUGUACAUCUUAAACGAUAAGAACCACAAGCAACUGAGAGCUGAAGUAACACGACUUACAUACAAAUAUACAAAACACGCUACAAGUAUAUAAAUUCCAUCCAGCUCUAUAAAUAGUCUGUCUGCAAACAGUAAUUUAAUUACAAAUGCACAAUUGAACCAAACUAAGAAUGAGGUUACUGAAACUGAAAGACUUCAGAGUUUGAAAUCUAAAUCCACUCAUCUUCUCUAUUCUGGUGUGAAAUUGGUAAAUUGAGAAGUAGACAAAUUUCUCUCCAAAGGAAAGCUGAGACAUAAAAGACAUUAAUCUAAAUCUCACAGAACUCUUGGAUUUAAUGGUUUUGUAGCAGCCACCAAUAAACACAUGCACAAACACUUGCAAGCACACACACAUACAUGUGUAAGUAUAUAUAAAGAAGAGUUAAUACAUCAAAGUUGAGAAAAUGUUGAAGAUUGAAGAAAACCUAAUUCUGGCUAUUGAUAUACCUGCCAAAUCAAAUAAUGAUUUACUAUCUGGUGAUAAAAAUUAUAAGGAAGGGUCAAUUAUUGCCAAAGCAUAUAAUGAAAGGAGCAAGAAGAAAACUGAAGAACGGGAAAUACAGCAAAUUUUUCACAUAAUCACAUGUGGUAAAAUAAUGAUAAAAGGCAACCACAUCCAAAUGUUUUUGGACCUUGUAAAUGAGAAGUCUAAUGACAUAGAACUUAUGGGAUUAGACAAACAUCAGUUUUUAAGAAAUGUCAGGCGUGAAAUGAAAAUCUUUCGGAAAUAUACUAAACAAAACAAUGAUAUGAUUCUGCAAAAUCUUCCUUGGUUUUGUGAACGACUGUUUGACAUUUACGCUAACAGUAAUCCCUACAAGAAUAAGGCCAUUACAUUACCAAAGCCAUUCACAAAAUUUCAUUCUCCUUCUUCUUCUGAAGUUGUGCCAAGGAAAUUAGAGUUUGAGGAAUCUGGUGAAGAUACCCCAAAUAUAAUAUCAAAUAUUGUCACAAUCUAUCAUGGAAUAGUAACCUACUCACCAUAUUUGAUGACCUUACGUUGUAACACAACUGAUGGUAGAAGUAAUACAGUCCACUGUCCUUCACCUAUCACAGACAUUACAAGAAUUGGUAAAGAAACUGUUCUGGUCACAUUGCCAUUUAGGCAAAAACUACUCAUUAUUAACCCCUCAAGUUGUGAAAUGAAAUCUCUGGAUUAUGGUUUCUACAAGAUUUCUUAUUUGAAUCAUUGUAAAUUUGUGGGGCUGGAACUGUUUAGCAAGACAAUCUAUCUUGUGGACUGGGCCAAUGAUACAGUGGAAAAAAUAACUGCCCUCGAAGAGCAGCCUACAGAUAUCAUAGUAGGACCUCAGCAUCACCUCUUAUUAGCAUUUGCUAAUAUAAAUAAAGUUAUCUGCUGCAGUCUUGGUGGCAGGCAGUUAUUUCAGGUAUACACACAGUCAACAGUUAUUCCAACUAGUAUCUCAGCUUAUCGCAAUUAUUUUUAUGUCCUUCAAGGAAACGUCAUUUACAGGAUUUCAUCUAAGGGUGGAGUGUCACAGAGAAAAAUUGCGAUAAAAGCUCAAUAUAUUUGUUGUGGCACAAAUUCUAUUUUCCUGCUUGAUUACUUAGGCAUUGCAUAUACUUUUAAGACAAAUGAUAAUUUUUGGCCAAGUAUGACUUAUCGUCAACAAGCUCAUACACCAACUGUGAAAAACCAAAUUCAUAUUGAUGAUCCCUGUGAGAUUCAAAAUAUUCUGCCUAUGCCAGCCUCUUCUAUAUUACUUCUAUAUAGGAGUCAAGAAGUCAAAUUAUUUAGUGAUAAUGGGCAAGUCAUUCACAGAAGUACAUUAACGUCUAAGUGCCAACCUACUGCCAUCUGUCGAACUGACUCAAACAGAUUUCUUGUCCUUUAUCAAGAAGAUAGAAAACUUCAGUAUAUUGCAUGCCCUGAACUAACUGAAGGUCACUUUAUAGACAUCGAUGCUGAUUACAUUCAAAUAUGUCAUAUGGUAUCAAAUAAGUACUUAGCUCUGACCACUGGUGGAAACGAAGUAGAGGCACAUAUCCUAUUGAUUACAGAGAACAAAAUUGACAUUGUUGACAAAAUUUCACUUAAGCAUGAAGAUGUCAUCAUUGCAGCAACUCCAAUUAAUUUUGUAGUAGCAGACAUGAGAGAAAAUGCACUGGUGUUUUAUUCAAGCUCUGGUGAAGAGCUUUUUGUGAAACAGCUUGAUUUUUACUCUAACCCUCAUCAUAUCUACACUGACAAAUUAUACUUCUACGUUGUCUUCAGGAGAGAGUCUGUGAUAGUAUGUUACAAUAUAAUUGGAGAAAGUAAAUGGCAAUUGAAACUGCCUUCAACUCCUUACUUUCACAUUGAUGUUUUCCAAGGAACUGUAUAUGUAGUGGAUGUUAUGCACAGUAGAAUUCUUCUUUAUAAAUACUAUGACUGGUCCAGUUGUUGUAUACAGUUCAAAAAUCCUUACAUCAAAAAUCUAGAUAUACGACUCAAAGAAAAUAAGAAUAACAAAAUACUCAUUGCCAAAAUGUGCUGGCUUCCAAGUGGGCAGUUUGUGUUGUCCAACUUUAAUAAUGAUCGCUUGUUAUAUGUUUCUAAGGAGGGAGACAUUAUGUCCACAUUAUCUCUGCCAUCUUUAGCUACAGAUAUAUGCCGAUGGGAUUGUAAUCAAAUAGGUGUCACAUUACCUCUAGAGAAACAACUAUGGGUUAUUGGCAAUGUAUCAAAAAGAGUUAGAACUCUAUCAUUAAGCCACCCUUAUAUAUGGGUGCGUAAGCUCGGUGAAGGUCAUACUGCUUGUGUUUGUGACAAACCUUCUCGUUUAGACAUUGUAUCGAUUCAAAACCACAACCAAGGUGAAAUAAUUUCUACAAUCAAUAUACCUUUUGUAAAGUCAUUAGUGAUAGAAAACGAAACACAAAAUGUGUUGGUUGUUACUAAAAAAAAGAUAUUUCUCUACAAACCUAUUACUAGGAGGAGGAGGAGGAGUAGUAGUAGUAGUAGCAGCAGCAGUAGUGGUAGUAGUAGUAGUAGUAGUAGUAAAUUGGUCCCCACUCUUUUACUGCCUCAUAUCAGACCUCCACCCAGUCUCUAUGGUGGAUAUAUUGAUAACAUUUUUGUUUAUCUGAUAGACAACAGCAGUAUGUUUGCUAUAAAUGACUAUAACCUGGUAGUGAGCGAUCACAUUACAAAUAAUCAACUUAACAUGCACAUCGACCUGGUAGAUGUAUUUUCCAGAAACAUCUGUGUCAGUGAAAUGUUGUCCUCUACAUUGCAUCUGGAGGACCAUACAGUUUCUGAUAAAGCUCGACAUAUUUUAAUCCCUCGAUCUGUUGGAGAAAAUGAAUAUAUGGACAUUACUGGUUUUUCAGUUAUUACUGAAAACAACCUGAUUAUACUCUAUGAUAAUGCAAAUAGGAACAUUAAGAUAUUAACAUUUGAUGGUCAACUUCUUGACUCUAUAAAAUUAAAUAUUUUCCCGACAUAUAUGUGUUGCUGGCAGUCAAACACACUGGUUAUUACAACUGGUGAUAAAUACCAACUGUUAACAUUAAAAGUGGAAUUUCCAUUGUCUCUGGUAACUUACCAGACAGAAAAUGAAUAUUAUUGUAUUGCUUCUUUGUCUGACAAUCUACUUGUAUGUUAUGGUUAUACAGAUGGAGAGAAAUAUUUGCUUAUUAUUAAGAUUGAUGAAAUACAGUCAACUGUGUGUGAAAGGAAUAAAAUAGUAACAGGCAUUACUCAAAUAUUAAGGAAAAGUUAUAACAAUGGGAUGUGUGGUAUUGCAGUUACUGCUGAGGACGUCAUCAUACUCAUCAGUGAUGAUUAUAUCAUUUUCUUUAAGCGAAAUGGUGAACUUUUACGUAUGGUACAACAUCACAUAUAUGUCAAGGAAAACUAUAUGACAAUUGAUGAUGCUUUUUUGUACAUUUAUGGAUGUUGGGAUAAAGAAAAUGACUUUCAACGUAGUCGCAUUAUGUGUUUGUUGCAGACUGGUAAAUACAAGAGAAUAUUUUUAAAUAAAAGACAUUACAAACAUGGAAUAAAUUUCUCCAGUAUAAACUGCAAUGGCCCAAGGUUUGUCGGAAACACUGAGAACCGUUUGUAUGUUGAAGGUUUAUUUGAAUUUAAUCGAGAAAGAUUCUCCAUUUGUAAGUUGCUAACAGACCUAUAUCCUGUUGAAGUAAAAGAUCUUGAUAUCUCUUUUGAUGGACAGAUAGUUGUAUGUGAAAAAGCCAAUACUGGCAAUCUUAAAAUAUUUCAGUGUAAUGGGGAGCUGGUAUAUUACAGAGAUAUUGGAACUUUAGUUGGUGGUGUGUGUUAUACAGAAGAAAGAGAUAUAAUGGUCACAGUCCCUUACAGAAAAGAAAUAUUUCAACUGAAGCAACAAGAUUUGGCAAACUAUAAAGUCUGGCAAAGUGAAAUACCUUAUGGAAUAAUAUGCAGAAAAGCAGAAAACACCUACUGGUGUGUACAUAUUAACUUGACUGAAUAUUAUACCAUAGAGAUUGAUGGUGACAAAUUGAACAUUCUGGAAUGCCUGUCAUUAAAGCUUGACUCUGGUCUUCAUUUCCCUCCCGUUACACCUUAUAUGAACAAUGAAAUAUUCAGUAAUGAAUUAAUUAAUACAUUGAAACAUAGCAAAGGAGAUGGGAGGGAAAAAUCAUGUAAAAUAAUUGAUAAAGGUAGAUUAAAAGUGAGAUGUGGUAAUUACAUUGCAGAGACUACGUUAGGAAGCAAUGAAAUAUUAGUGAAGAGAAUGCCACAUAGAACAGCAAUGUUUCCUCUUUCCACUCCUACAGGUAUUGAACUAGAUUAUUAUCAUUACAAUUAUCAGUGCAUCAAAUUAAUUAUGCUACAUGACAAUGUUGCUGUUAUUAUACAAAACCCUACUCUCAUUGUAACCAAUACAACAGGUGACAUACUUCAUCAUACUGUAAUAGAUAAAAAAGCUCAGGAUAUAUGUCGGUGGACAGAUGACUGUUUCAUAGUCCUCUUACAAGAAGAUAAACAACUGAUGUUCUUCAAAAGAGAUCUCUCCCAUUUAAAAACCAUCAACAUUACAAAAGGUUAUGAAAUGAUUUGUAAAAAGAAUGACAAUCAACUUGUGUGUGGUGGUUAUACUUUAGAUAAACGCUCUGGCUGGAAAUUCUACUAUGUCGAUGUAGUUAACAUCCUUGAUGAAACAUGUGAAUACAGUCAUGAAGUAUGGUCUGGGGGAACUGAAUUAAAGAAAAUUUGUGUAACAUCAAGUGAAGAUAUUGUUAUUGUGCAGAAACCCAAAUGGAGUUAUGUUGUUGCAUGUUGGUACAGAGAAGGUUUGGUUUGGAGUUUAGAAAUAAAUUUGAAUAUUCAUGAUGAGAGAAUUCAUCUAUCAGCACAUGGUGAAUAUAUAUAUAUAACAGAUUUGUCUAACAAUAUACACCAAAUAGCUAGAGAUGGUGAACAACAGUUAUUCCUCAGCAGUGAUGAUAGUGAACUCCACACAGUUCUUGGUAUUGAUAUUUCGGCUGAUUUUUUCAUGAUUUUUGGACCUGUUUCAGGACUUCACUCUUAUUGUUUCUUACAUUAUGAAAGAUAAACAUUUUUAUAACUAC